AUGCGUUUGAUCAAUGUCUGCCAUGUCUCAGCGCUGUCAGCUGUCCUUGCCUCUCUCACAGUCAUCUCUUCAGCUACCCCACAUACGCCAUUGCUUACCAGAAAAGGCGAUGAUGUCGAAACCAAGCGAGAGCAAGUAUCUCUUUCUUCCGACGGUACUCUCGGACCACUUCCGCUCGCCAAACGCGUUGAUAUCAAUGAUCUCGUGUCAACGGAACUUGGCCAAUGGACUAUGCACGUCAUCAAAUACUACGCGCUGGUGCCUGUGGAAUCAGCGGCCCAAGCUCUUGAGUCUUUCUACAGCAACAUCAAGAGACAGGCGUCUGCCAUGAGUGAACAAAGCGCAGCUGCCUCCUUACCUGCCAGACUCAAUAGCAAAGCCGGCAACUUGUUCACGGCAAACUCGGCCUUUUUCCAGUUGAAAAUAUGGUGUGGUUCGUCCACACAACAGGAACUGUGA